AUGGUAGGUAACUAUAGAGGAAUAUUUUCAAAAAGGAUUGGUGUUGUAACUAAUGUAUGGAAAGCCGAAUUAUCUGCAAGAUAUAUUUUUUUAAAUCAUAGUAGUCGUGUUAAUUUAAUAACAAAUAGAGGACUUCACUCAACAAUAGAUCCAAAGAGUAAUUUCCAUAAUGGUGUACAAAGGGAUAGGAAAAUUCGUAGAAUUAAGACUAAAGAAGAGAUCGAUAAGGAAAAAUUCGAAGAAAUGUUGAAUUCACCAAAUUGGUUUAUUAGAUGGGGGGCAAUUGCUAGAUCUGAAAAAUUUACAAAAGGUAUGACCAAAUGUUUAAUUGCUGCUUAUGUCGUAUUUUUGAUUUAUGGUGUGUCAUUUAUGAAAAAGUUGUACGUAAAGGAGAAAGAAUUGGAGACACUUGAAAGUAAAUUGGAAUCUGGUAAUAUUAAUGAAUAUGAGAAAUUAAGGAUUAAAGAAUUGAAGGGAAAACUAAGGACGAGAGAUCAAUUGAAGUUAGAACAGUAUGAGAAGAUGAAAACUGAAGAGGGGAUUGAAGAUUUUGAUGGGAUAGUUUUACCAAAUAAUGAUCAAAAUAAGCUUAAUAAGGAUAUUUUACCUGCAAGAGAUACAACUCCCUUUUAUGAUGUUAAAGCUGAACAGUAUGAUAAAGAUAUCAACUUUGAAGAAAAAGUAGUCAGGAUGGGGAAAAGACGUAGGUGGUUAAUGAAACAUUGUACUGGUGAUGUUCUUGAAGUUUCCUGUGGUACAGGUAGAAAUAUCCCUUACAUAAAACUUGAUAAUAUUAAUUCAAUAACAUUUCUAGACUCAUCAAGGGCAAUGAUUGAUAUUACAAAUAAGAAAUUUAGACAGAAAUUCCCAACAUUUGAUAAGGCAGCAUUUGUUCAAGGUAGAGCCGAAAAUUUGGCAAAUAUUGCUGGUGAUAAGGAAAGAGUAAAAUAUGAUACUAUUGUAGAGGCAUUUGGUUUAUGUUCUCAUGAGGAUCCAGUAAAUGCCCUUAAAAAUUUCGCCUCCUUAUUGAAACCACACGGUAGAAUAGUUCUUUUAGAACAUGGUCGUGGUCAAUAUAAUAUGAUUAACAAGAUUUUAGAUAAAAGAGCUGCUAAAAGAUUGGAAACAUGGGGUUGUCGUUGGAACCUUGAUAUAGGUGAAAUACUAGAUGAUUCUGGAUUGGAAAUUGUGGAGGAAAAAAGAUGUCAUUUAGGUACUAUCUGGUGUAUUGUUGCUAAAAAGAAAGGUGAUGCUAAGAGAAAAGAUGAAGUUGGAUUCUUUGAGAAAUAUAUAGGACCUUCACUUACGAAUAGGUACAAGGAUUCAAAAGAGUAA